AUGGCUACCCCCGAUCUCUCAACCCUUACCUCUUCCGCCCAAAUCUUCUCCUCCAACUACACCCUCCCCCAGAUCCGAGCGAUCCACAAGUCUCUCCAUGUCGAAAUCGAUGAGAAGGCGAGCCGCCUGCGCACGCAGGUCGGUAGCUCCUACCGCGAUCUUCUCGGUACUGCCGACACCAUAGUCCAGAUGCGCAAGGAUAACGACGCCGUGCAGGGGGUGCUUGGCCGUAUGGGCGGGCGCUGCGGGCGCGGAGUCGUUGGCUCCAAGGUUUCUGGGCUGAGCAAAUUCGAGAGCAAUAUAACAGAACAAAGUCGUGCCGAUGUGGGUGUCGUUGCGAGGGCAAGACUGCUUGAAGCCUGCGGCCUUGUCUUGGGCCGCGUGCUCAAGGGCUCUGGGGCUGGUAGCCUAGGUUUGAGCAGAGGAGAUAGAUUGGUUCUUGCAAGCAAGGUCUUGGUUUUAAGUAGGCUUCUGACCAAGAGCUUGGAGGAGGAGAAGACACUAAAUGGGGAUGUCGGAUAUGCUGUUGAGGCUGCGAAGAAGAGUCUUGCUGGUUCGAAGAAGCGGCUUUUGCGAAACAUCAAGGGCCUGCUGGAGCGUGCCGGCGAUUCCAUCAAUCAGCAGGAUGUUCUGAAGGCGUUGUGUGCUCACAGUUUGGCUACAAGCUCCGGCGCCAGCGACGUCCUUACACUCUUUCUUGGCGUUAGAAAGUCUGCUAUGGCUAUGGCUUUUGAAGCCGAGGAUAACGAGCGGCAGGGCGGCACGGGAGAUAUCCUCAAAAGCUUAAACUUGUACACGAAGACACUGCUGGACGUACAAGCUCUUGUGCCAUUCAAGCUCUCAGACGCCCUUUCCAACCUCAAAAAGAACCCGCUGCUCGCAGACCCAUCACUUAAAAAGCUAGAAAAUCUGCGCCUGGAUAUAUAUGAGCGAUGGUGUGGAGAAGAUAUUCAAUGCUUCACACCAUUCAUACGGCACGACGAUCUGGAUGGCCCUCAGGCACGAGACAUGCUUUUUGACUGGGCAGACAAGAGCGGCAAGGUGCUCGUCAAUGGACUUAAGAAGACAAUGGAGCGCAUGAUGGACUUUAAGUCUAUCACGGAACUGCGUACUAGCGUGCUGCAACUCUGGAUCCGGGAAGGUGGUAAGGCCAGGGGAUUCGACCCUUCCGAGAUGCUGGACGAGUUGCGCAGCGCUAUCAACGGUCAUAUGCUGCAUGUCCUUGAGAUCAAGGUCAACAAGCUACAUCUUAUUGGAUCUGAGGUGACGGCAACGCUAGAUUCGUGGCAGGAUGGAGUAACGGAUCAGCCUAUCAGUCUUUGGGAUGUACGCAGUUUUGAUAUUGACUUGAUCAACGGAGCAGACCACUUCCUGCAGGAGCUGGUUGCACGGCUGCACGGCCGUAACGACUCCGUUUCUAAGGCUGUCAACGCCUUCCACUCGUGGAGGCAAAUUAUCGACGAAGUUGGCCACGUCGUGGAGCAGCUAAAGAAACAGCGCUGGGACAACGACAUUGAUGAGAUCGAGGAUGAGGAAACAAUCGAAGAGCGGCAGCAGUUACUGAGCAAGGAUGACCCUAAGAUGCUCCACGAGCAGCUUGACUCUAACCUCGUCAAGGCAUUCAAAAGCCUAGAUGAGAAGCUGACGAGUCUAUGGCAGAUACGAGCGGAUGCUCCUAAUAGCGGCAAGGUGGCUAUGUACCUCCUCCGCAUUCUCCGAGAUGUGCGACAGGGACUCCCGAAGCUUGACGCGGUCAAGGACUUUGGGCUGACAGUGGUACCUUCGCUCCAUGAGAAGCUUGCACAAUCUGUCGCCGCCAACCCCCUGCAAAUUUUUGCCACAAAGGCACUCACGCAGAACGUUGUUCUUGCGCGUCCAUUGUGGGAGGGUAGUCCUGAGCUGCCUACGCAGCCGUCCCCAAGGGUUUUCCGAUUUUUGAAGGAUGUCUCAACGGAAAUGGGUGAUGCUGGCAUGGAUUUGUGGAGUGCCGUGGCUGUGAGUGUCAUGAAGCAGCACCUCCGGAAGCAAAUUGGCGAGAAAUGGCUCGAGGCACUGGCGACAUAUAACUCGGAAGGAACGAAUGUUGAUGGUGACAAUGAGAAGCCGGAGGCUUCAUCCGAAUAUAUCUCAGAGAAGGCAGAGGUUAAGGAGUCUGCAGAAGGUUCGGAUGAGAACGAAGACGAGAAGCCUUCCGAAGAGAAGGAAGAUGAAAACAUAACCGACAAGGAGAGCAAAGUCGACGAGCAGAAAGACGGGGAGGACAAGGAAGAAGAUAAGACAGAAGAAGCGGAGAAGAAACCCAAGGAGGACGAGGCUACUACGUCUGCGGCAGUGUCGGAAAUGGACGACGUUGCUCAGCAGCGCCGCGACCUCUUCAUUCAGUGGCUCUUCGACAUCUCCCUCCUUGGUUGCUAUCUUGACGCCUCUUCGGAGACCAAGGGCGACGAGUUCAAGGAUUUGAAAGAGAAAAUAUACGAGCGCACGGGAUUGGACAGCAGUGAGGCGCGACAACGAAUUACCAAGUCGUCGCAAGAAUACCACAAGAAGACAAGCCUGCUCUUCGGCCUGCUCUCAUCAUGA